GUGUUGGGGGGAGAAGUUCCAUAGACGGGCACGGCACGCGUGUCGCCAAACUCGCCUCGCGCCUCCGCCACUUGCUUGGCGGCGAGACGCUCAGUUCGGCUUCCUCCUUCAGGCGGCACCUGCUGCUACUGCCGCUGCUGCAGCGGCCAAGGGAGGGCCGGCUUCAGUAUUUCCUGUGGAAAUCCCGGAGCAUUCAGCUCCUCCUCUCGAUUCCUCCCCCACCCCCGCGCGUGUUUGCGGGUUGGGGAUUGAGGAAGGGAGGAAGGAGCAGAGCGCGUUGGCUGUUGUCGCUUCUGCCUUCUGCGUCUGACCGCCUCCCCCUCCUCCUCCUCCUCUUCUUCCCCGACCUCCUUGUCGCUUUCUGCCGCUCGGCUGUGGCGUCCCGGCGCGGUCACCCACCCACCCUCCGGCCUCCAGGAGCAGCCUUCUUCCGAGCCGGCCGAUCUUCCCCCCCCCCCACACCUCCCCACGCGCGCCCCAUUUGCGUCUCCGGAGGGGAGGAAAAAAAAAAAGCAAAGGGGUCGCCGGGCUCCCGCAGCGCUUCCCCGAUGGGCAGUUUGCUGAGCGGAGUCAGCUUCAAGGAGCCCACCACGGUGGAGGACUGUGACUCGACCUGGGAGACGGAUUCGGAGCCGGAGCCGGAGGUGCAGGACCCCGGCGGGGGAGAAGAAGAAGGGCCACCGUUGGAGCAGGCGGGCGGUGGCGGCGACGGCGACGACCCAGUGGCUGACCGGCAGCGGCAGCGGCAGCGGCAGCAGCAGCAGCCGCCAGAGGAACCGCUCCCUGCGGCAGGCAGCCGGCCGGAAGCCGCCGAGAAGCGCGAAGGGGCUGCUGAGGAAGAGGAGGAGGAGGAGCAGAUGGUGGCGGUGGAGAAGGAGGCGGAAAAGGAAGGAGGAGACGGGGGGGCCGAAGAAGACGACGAAACCGAGGGCAGGGAGCAGGGAGAGACCGAAGCCCCCGGGCCCGAACAGGGGGAUGAUUCAGUUGAUGUGACAGCUAAACCAAAGAGAAGUUUUUAUGCUGCAAGAGACUUAUAUAAAUAUCGUCAUCAAUAUCCACAGAACUUUAAAGAACUGAGAUACCAGAAUGAUUUGUGCAACCUUCGCUUUUAUAAGAACAAAAUUCCCUUUAAACCCGAUGGGGUUUAUAUUGAAGAGGUCCUGAAUAAAUGGAAAGGAGAUUAUGAAAAGUUGGAACACAAUCACACUUACAUACAAUGGUUGUUUCCACUCAGAGAGCAAGGACUGAAUUUCUAUGCAAAAGAAUUAACAACCUGUGAAAUUGAGGAGUUCAAAAAAACAAAAGAAGCGAUUCGAAGAUUCCUAUUAGCUUACAAAAUGAUGCUGGAGUUUUUCGGGAUAAAAUUAAUUGAUAAAACUGGGAAUGUAGCACGAGCUGCUAACUGGCAAGAAAGAUUCCAACACUUGAAUGAAUCCCAACAUAAUUACCUGAGAAUCACCCGGAUUCUGAAGAGUCUUGGUGAACUUGGUUAUGAGAGUUUCAAGCCGCCUCUUGUGAAGUUGAUUCUACACGAGGCUCUGGUGGAAGAAACCAUUCCCAACAUUAAACAGAGCGCUCUGGAAUAUUUUGUGUACACCAUUAGAGAUCGGAGAGAGAGGAGAAAACUUCUACGGUUUGCCCAACAGCACUACACACCUUCUGACCAUUUCAUAUGGGGGCCACCAAGGAAACAGAAGCUGGAAGGAAGCAAACCAAGUAAAAAGUUGCCUUCACCAGUGUCCCUUCGCAACAGCUCUACUUGUAAACAUAAAAAGACAAAAGAUCUGAAGAACGUAUCUGAAAUUUGUAACUCGAGGAAUAAAACAAAUGAUGACAAAAAGACAGAGCAUAUUAAAAACGGUAUAGAUAGUGAUCAGAGUAAGAAAACCAGCUCCCCUGAAGUUGUUAAGCAGAGCAGUAUGGUAAAAAAUAGUAGUGCUGAAUGUCACAACUCUAAAAUGGACAUAGUUGAGCCUUUGAAUCAGAAGGAGACUAUUUCUCAUUUAAAAAAACAUAAAGGCAAAAACAAGGAAAACGUUAGCCAAGACUGUAAACAUUUGGAAGAUAUAGAAAAAGAUUCAUGUGAGACUAAAAACGAUUCAACAAAUAUAUCAUCAGAUAUGCAAGACAAUAUAUGUAAGGAUAAAAACCUGGCGAGCUCAUCUGUAAGAAAUAAAGAGUGAAAUCUU